UUUCGCCUGUAUGACUCAGGACGGGAUGGGUACAUUGACCUCAUGGAGCUCAAGCUGAUGAUGGAGAAACUGGGAGCCCCCCAGACCCACCUGGGCCUGAAGAACAUGAUCAAGGAAGUGGAUGAAGACUUUGAUGGGAAGCUCAGCUUCCGUGAGUUCCUGCUGAUUUUCCAAAGAGCUGCAGCUGGGGAGCUUGAGGAGGACAGUGGCCUGAUGACACUUGCAAAGCUGUCGGAGAUAGAUGUCUCCAUCGAAGGAGUCAAGGGAGCCAAGAACUUCUUUGAAGCCAAGGCUCAAGCUCUGUCUUCAGCCAGUAAGUUUGAAGCGGAGAUAAAAGCUGAGCAGGAUGAGCGGAAGCGGGAAGAGGAGGAAAGGAGAAACCGCCGAGCAGCUUUCAGGGAGUUGAAGUCUGCGUUUAGCCAGUAGCAGACUGGUCAACACGGGCUCUGAGAUCGCAUGUGACUUGGUACGUUUCCCAGACCAGGGUUCUACCUGGAGAGUACGGCCUGGAUCCUGCCUGAAACCCGUUCCAGCUUUGCUAGCCUUCCUCUUCUGAAGAUCCUUCUGAAUUGCUAAGGACACAACUCUUGCAGUUACUGCGCACUCAUAGCGGUGUGAACCAUAAGAGCUGUGUACAUGCUGUUUGCUCAGAACCAUCAGAAGCGCAUCACCCUGAAGCUGAAACAGCAAGUAGCAAAUUGUGGGUGAGCACUGACAAGUGUUGUUUGCCUACUUCAUUCUUUCCUUCUUUUCUAUACGCCAUUUUCCUCUUCAUUCCCUAUUAAUUCAUUCCUUGCUUACAGGCAAGUAGUAAGGUCUUGUGUAAAUCAGGGUGUACAAAGUACAGAUGUGUUUCCUGUAUGUUUGUACUGCUGUUGGGUGUUGUCACGCAUCCUUGACUGUUUCUCAUGUCUUCCUCAAAGCCCUGUGCCACAGGCACUGUGCGAACACUGUGAAUAGAAAGAUGGUUACUAGGGACAUGGAUCAAAUUAAUUAUGAUUUUGUGUAGAUUUUUUUCUGCUGCCCAAUAUCAUGUUGGUGUCUUCCCCUUUUCCUUCACUGAAGU